AUGAACUGGGUCGGUGGCUCUCGUAAAAGAAUCAUAUUUACCAAGGAGAGAAGAAAGCAGAAGGACUUUUUUGAAAAGAAAAGACUGAAAUCUAAGAUGACGGUAUUGGGAACAUCUCCCCUUAAGCAUUCUGUAGUCAGUUUAGACCUCCUCAAUCUGCAUAUUGUUAACCAGAUAUCCAUCAAGAAAAAACAGCCUGGCAAAGUAAAAAAACCAGUUCAUGUAGAUAUUAACCAAAUUCCUGGGACAUGGCGCAGUGUAGAACUCCCCAAAACACCAGAGCAUGAACCACCAAAACCAUUCCUCAAUGAUGUUCAGAACAGGCUACAAAAAGAAGUACUAGAAAACAGACUAAAAUAUCUUGCAGAAAAAGAAAACGUACGGUUUGAGUCAAGCAUUGUACAUGGUGAAUCAUGGCGUUCUAAAACAGCAUGCCAGCAAAGGAAUUUCAGAGACCCUGAAGCUGACAGACCAUCAAGUCUGUAUUUCCAGGAGCUGAGUAGUUCACAAUGUAGUCACUUAUAUGGAAAGUCUCCCAAGGUGACUGCAGAAACCGAUUUCAAGAACUGUAACAGAGAAGAGUCAUCAUUUGGUAUUACGCAUGAUGGAGAGAUGUUGAAUGCCACCCAAGAUACCCAGCCCACUGCUGUGUUGUUUGAAGAGGAGUACCAUCAGUUUUCAGCUACCCCUUCCUCAGAAUCUUAUUCUUUUUCUAACAAAAAUGUUAUAAACCAGCUGUUUGCAGAUUCAAUUGAUGGAAAUCAAACCCCAGGCACAUGCAGUCCUUACAAUGUGAAAGAAAUGCCUCAGAUCUUAAGCUGUGUUAAGCGAUGCCCUGCUGAGAGAGACCUUGAAAGUAUUUUCACAACACAUGAGCAGAUUUACUCACGGAACACAGAACGUUUUAGUACACUUGAUCAAGACCCCAUUAAGAAUCACCAGAAAGAUUACUAUAUCCAAGACAGAAAUCCUCUAAUAUUGUCUGAAAAGUAUGAGGAUACUACCGAUUCUGAGAGUACAGACAAUGAAUCGCAGCUGAGCAGCCAGUCCCCCAGUUAUUCUACAGAGCCAACAGAGAGAUGUGCUAGUAUGACAUCUGAUGAGCGUGCAGAGGAAGAUCAAGAUGGAAAUAUGUCAUCCUGUUAUGGAAACUAUAUUCCAAGAAAUGGUAGAAACCCACUUGCAGUUUUAGGAAACCCAAGGUCACAAUGCAGCUGUUGCUCAGCGGACAUGCCGUUCAUUCUUUGUGAUUCUGUAACUAAAGACGAAGCCAACAUUCAUCCCCAGGUAAAGUUGACUGUUGAUCUAAUAAAAGAUGAUAAACUUCUUCCUCUGAAAAUCACAUCACAUGGGUCAUUUAAAAACAUGCCUGUGAAUUUUAAGGCAAUGCACAAUACUUGGUCCCAAACAGAGAAAUGUGCUUGGGAAAUAGAAAAAUCUGAUGUGGCCGUGCAGUGUGAUAUAAUACAGGCCUGCAGCUGCAAAAAAGAGGUGUCCUCUGUCCAUAGUGCUGAAAUUGUCACUUCCACUAGCAAGAUAGAAACCACUGGAGGGCAGAACAUCCCAGCAGAUAGAGUUGCAGUUCAGCCUUCAAGUACCAGUAGUGCAGUAUUAGUUAAAGGCUUGCCUUCUGAAAGUGAGUUCUUCAAACAGCAUAGCAAAAUAAACAUAGGCAUACUAAAUUACAUCAAUAUAAUGAAAGAUGGAGAAACAUGA